UGGGCUGUUCCGACUGAACAACUCCAUGAGGGAGAGCCUCUUGCUGCCUCUCUCGUCGCGACAAACUAGCUGGGACUAACAUAGAACUCGUUUCAAGCUGUUUUAAAGUAAAAUUAUUAUAUUUAUAUAUAUUAAACAAUCGGGUUAAUUUUUUUUAAUCAAGUGCAAGUUAUAUACUUUUUUAAAAAUAUAUAUUUAAUAAAAUAUUAUAAAUAAUAUUCAAGCUUAAUUGUAUUAAAGUUAUAAAAGUGUGGAUUUAAUGUGAAACCUGGGCAACCAAAUAAUCGAUUAAAUACAUUUUUAUUAAAUAAAUGUUAUUUCAUUGGAUUAAUAAAGUUGAUGACAAUUAUAUGUGAACCUUGACAACGAAAGGAUUUAACAUUAAAUUUUAUAAAUUAAUUUAUUUAUGUUAAAUAAUAAUUUUUGGAAUUUUAUUAUUAACGAAAGGCAUGUUUAAUAAAAACGGUCCAGUUCAAGUCCAUCGAGGAUGGCGGGGGCAUAAUUGGGCCUCAAAAUAAUGUAAAUAACCCUGUCGGCCUUAAAAAUAAAAUAUCAUCAUCAUCAUUUACUUGCAACAUCGUUUGUAUUAUUUUUUUUUUUCAAAUAGAAAAAAUAAUCAAUCAACUCUGUGUCUUUCUUCAAAGUGCCUGAAUUUUUUUUUAAAUUUUCCAAUUAUUUAUUGUAAUUAAUUAAUUAGCUUUUUCCAUUUGUGAAUAUUUUUUAUUUUAGUUUUUUUUUUAAAUUUUGAUUAUAGAAUAAUUAUUAUAAAUAAUAUUGAAAAUUUUACUGACACUGAUACCCGGAUAUCCGCUACUGUUGCUUUCGUUAUCGAACAUGAACCACUUUUUUAAGCUUCGUAGCAGAGUCCUUCAGAGUCUCAUCCUUGGAUUCAUUUGUAUUACUUUCUAUACGUAUUAUUGGACCACUGAUGAUCAGGAGCUUCGACCUUACAUACUUGGUGCCAAUAUAAGUGCAUCGGCAUUAAUACAAGCUCCGCCAAUACAAAAUUUAAGCCUAGAAACAACCUUGACAGUAUCAAAUACUAAGAAUACAACGAUUGAGACUGUAUCAACACAACAGCAGCAGCAGCUUAAUAAUUCUCACAAUAUAAAUAAUGCAUUAUCACAAUCAGGUUCAACAUCCUAUUCAACAUUAAUAACAAAUACAAAUGUUAAUAUAACAACAGCAACAAUUAAUAAUGACACGACAAUUCAACAAACAAAAAAAUCAAUUAUCGAAACAACAUCAACAACGACAAAUAUUAUUAUUGAUGAAGCAAGUGCAAGAGCAAUAUAUCAAUCUGGACAUUACAUGAAUGCAUCAACAAAUUGUCCAAAUAAUGGUGAAAAUAUGAACCUAAUAAUUGUUGUUAUGUCAGCACCAGGUAAUAUUGAAGCACGAACUGGUAUAAGACAAACAUGGGGACAUUUUGGUCAACGUAGUGAUAUGAGUGUUGUAUUUAUUAUUGGCCAAACAAAUAAUACAAAAUUAGAAAAAAUAAUAAAUAAUGAAAAUGCAUUAUAUGGUGAUAUAAUAAGUGGUAAAUUUUAUGAUUCAUAUUCAAAUUUAACUCUUAAAACAAUAUCAACACUUGAAUGGACAAAUAAAUAUUGUUCAAAAGCCAAGUUUUUAUUAAAGACUGAUGAUGAUAUGUUUAUAAAUGUGCCACGACUAUUGUCAUUUAUAAAAAAACAUGAUAAAAUUAAAAAUAUAAUAUAUGGUCGUUUAGCAAAAAAAUGGAAACCAAUUAGAAAUAAAAAAAGUAAAUAUUAUGUUAGUCAAGGACAAUUUAAAUCACAAUAUUUUCCAGAUUUUACAACUGGUCCAGCUUAUUUAUUAUCAAAUGAUAUUAUUAAUAGACUUUAUGAGGCCGCCCUUAAUCAAACAUAUCUCAAACUUGAGGAUGUAUUUACAACUGGUAUUGUUGCUCAGAAAAUUGGUAUUAAACGUGUACAUGCUAAUGAAUUUUUAAAUAAAAGAAUAUCAUAUAGUCCAUGUAAUGUACAACAUGGUAUAAGUAUACACAUGGUUAAAUAUGGUGAACAAUUUGAUUUAUGGAAAAAGCUACUUGAUGGUAAAAGUAAAUGUAAUUGAUUCUAUCAAUUUUUUUUUUUAAUCAAAUAAUUCAUUUAUCAAUUUCGAAAAAUGUUCUGAAUAAUUUUAUUUUUUUUGUUUUAUUUGUCACUGUGCAUUUUCAAUAUCAACGAAUUUGUUUUGUACAUUAUAAUUAUAAAAAAAAAAAAAAAACAAGUGAUAUUUAUUAAAAUGAUAAAUUAAUUUAGUAGUAACACUCAGGUAUCUUUAUAUAUAUAUUUAAUAAUUUUAAUCUAUCGUUAUAAAUAUUUUUCUAUAUUUACUUUGUUAUAUAUUAUUGCGAACAAAAAAUUAUCAUACUUUAUUUGUUUUUUUUUAAAUUAAAAUAACUUAUUAUCAUUAUGAUUUUACACAUGGUUGUGCCAUAUAAAUUCAUCAAAGAUUAUCAAAUGUUUUGUAAAAAGAAAAAACGGUUUUGUUAUUGAUAAGUUGAUUGAUACGAACGACGAGA